UCAUUCGCAGCUGAACCAAUCCAAUCAGUUGACAGCGACCCGAGUGAGUAGUUGUUUGUGUGUUGCGAACAAUAUUUUAUUUUGUAAACGCAUAAAUAAACAUGAGAUAUAACGAGCUUGGCGAUACUGGUAUGAAGGUCUCCCAUAUCGGACUGGGAGGGGCAGCAUUCAGUAAUAUCUAUGGAACGUAUGAUGAAAAAAGGAGCUUCGAGCUUAUAAGGGAGUCGCUGAACCGAGGCGUGAAUUAUUUAGAAACUGGACCAUGGUACGGUCAAGGCAGUUCCGAGAGGACAUUAGGAAAGGCGCUUAAAGAUGUGCCGAGGAGUUCUUUUUUCAUUGGCAGUAAAGUCGGACGAUACGAAAAGGAGCCAGAGCGUAUGUUUGACUUUUCAGCAGAGAAGACCGAAGCAGGCGUGGACAAUACGUUAGCUUUGCUUGGUUUGGAUUACGUCGAUCUAAUUCAGGUUCAUGAUGUGACUUUUGCCCCCGAUAUGUCAAUUGUACUUAAAGAGACCCUACCAGUAUUGGAAAGGGCUGUGCGUGACGGAAAAGCACGAUACAUUGGAAUAGCAGACUAUGACAUAGAUUUGUUGAAAGAAAUCGUCGAAGAAUCUGAAGUUAAAAUAUCCACAGUAUUGUCGUAUGCAAAAUCUACGCUCUUUGACAAUCGCUUACAAAAUUACACUAAUUUCUUUAAGAGUAAACGUGUAGGUGUGAUCAAUGCGGCGGCUACUGGAAUGGGUUUGCUCUCCAACAAAGGACCACAGCCAUGGCAUCCGGCCAGCGAUGAUGUUAAGGCUAUCUGCAAAAGAGCCUCUGAUUACUGCAAAAGUAAGAAUGUGGAAUUGGCUCGCAUUGCAUCCUGGUUCACGUUAAAUCAACCCGGCAUCGACGUUAAUAUCUGCGGUUUCUUCAAUGUGGAGCAAAUGGUUGACACACUCGACAUAUUGGAGAGCGGACUCAGCGAACAUGAGAAAAUAGUUCUGUCUGAGAUACAGACUAGGUUUUUUGAUAAAGUUACACUCCAUUGGGACGACGUGGAACUACCAGCGUACAGGGCCGAACUCGACAAAGUAAUGAAUAAGUAAAUUUUAUUACAAUGUUCUAUAUCAAAUUCUAUUAAAUGUUUAGCUGAAUGUCAAUCUCACCGUAUUAU